CACACAUAUGUACAUACAUAAAAACAUAAACAAUAUAAAUCAAAAACAACGGUGCCCAUUGCCAGUGCAAUAAUCAACCGCCAACAAGCAACAACAACAACAACAAUAAUAACUAAAGUGCAUAAUACACCAAAAGCAAGCAACAAUAACAAUAAGAAGAAGCAGCAUAAGUCGAAAAGAAGCAACAAUAAACCUACAAAAAAUUCAACUGUAAACGUGUCGACCCAAAUCUAAAAGAUUCUCUCUCAUACGGUUCGUCUGUUCUCUCUCUUCGUGUGCGUUGUUUGCGUGAAUGCGAGUACGUGUGUGUGCGCGUGUGUGUGUGUGUGAGUGUGUGUGCGUGAGUGAGUGUGUGUGUGUGUGUUUGCGUGUGUGUGUGUGUGUGUGUGCUUGUGAGAGAGUGGGCGGCUGUGUGAGACGCGGCUAUGUCAUUGGGCGUAAAAACGCUACUGGAUGCUGCUCAGUACAUUGAGCAGCAGGAAAAGGAACAGCUGGCGGUCGGCGGAGGCGGCCUUCUCAAUAGUAUCGAUGAGCCGCAUCAUCCGCUGCAUUUCUCCAACAGCAUUGUCCACAACAACAACAACAGUGCAAGCCAACACAACAGAAACAACACGCCAACAGCAGCGGUUGCAGCGCUAACAGGAAUAACAAGAACAACACCCGCCAUCGUAAACAGCCAUAAUGGCCUGACUAACGGCAUCGCUGCAGCGACUGUGGAGUAUGAGUACGACGUUAGCGUUGGUAGCGCCUCCACCACAGUGGUUGUUGCUGGUAGCCCUAGGCAAUUGGAGACGACGCCAGCGACGAUAACGGGACGCAGCAGCGAAAGUCACAUCAUUUCGGAGGAUGAAAAUUCCUCCUCCAAAACCAACUCCCACCCCCAACAACAACAAGUAGCAACAGGCAGAGCAGCAGCAGCAGCCGCCGCAGCAGCAGCAGCAACAACAACAACAACAACUGCAACAAAAUCAAACAACUCGGGCCGGAUCGAUGGGUCCACGUUUGUGGUGCUGGCAUCGGGCUCAUCGCCGCUGCAGGUCCAGGUGCCGGCUGUGGUUAGCAGUGCUCGUACCACGCCCCCCUCGCCGCUGAAGCACAAGCUCUCGGCGGUCGCUGGCUCCCAGUUACCGUGCAAGUAUUUGGUGUUGGCUGACGCCAAGGGCGCCAGCUCAACGCAAACGCCAAUAGCCGGCGCCGGAACUGCAAACGGAACCGGAACCGGUACCGGUACCGGAACUGGUACCGUAGCCGCAGCUGGAGGAGCAACAGCAGUUGGAACAAUUGGCUCUGCAGCCAGCUUGAGCCUGGCCAAUUUCCAGCCGCUGACAUGCCAGACGCCCAAAUCGCAAAUAACGCUUACCCCGCCCCCGACGGCCACACGCCGACUGAUUGAGCCGCAGGCCCGAAUCCGCUCGCACUCAAUGUCCUCCCAUAAAAUUUCAGCGCAACCCCACGGGCUGGACGAUGCGCCCCAGAGCUACCUGCUCGCCGGCCGGGCCUCGACUAGCACGGCCAGUGCGUACCGCACCAUCUUCAACACGCAACAGCAGCCGCACCACCAACACCACCAACACCACCACCACAACCACCACCACCACAGCCAGCACCAGGCCGCAUCCACAUCCGUCUCCAGCUCGGCGCCAGUGGCGGGAUCUCAGCUGGCCGGACACGGCGGUCGCAGACGCACCAUCAGUUCCAACAGCAACGGGGCGGGCACCCGUGAGGUGCACAACAAGCUGGAAAAGAAUCGGCGCGCCCACCUGAAGGGCUGCUACGAGGUGCUGAAGAACGAGCUGCAGCUCAAGGAUGAGGACCGCAAGAAGACAUCCAAUUUGGCAAUACUCGAUAAGGCGCACCAGACUGUUGUGGAACUGGCAAAGGAAAAUCGGGAAUUGGAGGUGGUGAUUGAGAAUUUGUCCAAACAGCAGUUUGAGCUGCAAAAGCGCCUUAGCAGCCUAAAACGCCCUGCGGAUCAGAGCAUUCCACUCAGCGACAAAGAUGCCAAUGAAGCCGUUUGCCUGGCAACCACCAGCAGCAACAUCAAUGCCAACGUCAGCACCAACGCCACCUCAUCAGCAUCGCCAUCAUCGUCGUCGUCAUCAUCAUCUUCAUCAUCAUCAGCAUCAUCAUCAUCAAUAUCAACAUCAUCAGUGUCGAUAUCUCCAUUGUCAGUGGCCGGCGCAGCCACGCCCAUUCUAUUUGAUGGCAUCGCGCCCGUCUCUGCCGCUGGUCUUAUAACCACGGCCAUAUCAUCUGUGAUAAGCAAGAGCAACGCGAACAGUGGCAAACACAGCAACAACAACAACAACAACAACAGCAACAACAACAACAAUGUGACCUCUGCUGCUGUCAGCUUUGCACAGAAUGGGUAUACCGCCGCAACAGCCUAUGUCGCUGCCAUCGACUUGCUUAAGAACAACAACAACAACAACAAUAAUAACAGUCAUAGCAACAACAACAACAACAAUGGGAACAGCAGCAAGCAUUGCAAUAAUAUUGU